AUGUUUAUUCCGGGUGAAGGCAGUUCGGCAGCUCGUCGAGCCGGUGCAGCUCGUGCGAAUACAUCACCAUCCAAGUGGGAUUAUGUGAAAACUUUCUACUAUAAUCAAGCUAAAUGGGAUGUGGUUAAAAGCGUUGCUUUCUUUGGCGUUGCCGUUUAUCUAAUACGCGACCUAGCAGGAAAUGAUUUACUCCCAAUGGAAUAG